UCCCCUAAAACCCUCUCCCCUCUUUCUCUGCUCAAAAAGCUGCUUCUUUUAACGGCAAAUAUCAAUUCAUAAGCUUUGGACCUUUGAAUCAGGAUGUUUCGAUCCUGGAAUCGCUCUCUCCUUCAAAAGCUUCUUGAGAAUGGAGGUUGUCGCAGUAAAUUCAUCAGUAUGCAAUCUGAGAGAAUGAGGGGAUUAAAUCUUGCAUCAAGAUAUUUCUCUCAAGAACCUCUUUAUUCGUCUCAAGGGAGCUAUUCAGAAAGAUUUCCUCCUCUUUUUCAUCCUUUACCAGGGCUUAAGCUUCCUCCAAACCUCCCGGAUUCUGUUGAAAGGAGUCCUACUAGAAUUACUACGCUUCCAAAUGGACUAAGGAUCGCUUCUGAGGAUGCCUCGGGCCCUGCUGCAUGCAUAGGGAUAUUUGUUGACUGUGGUUCUGUAUACGAAUCAGGGGAAUAUAUUGGUGUUACUCAUCUUUUAGAAAGACUAGCUUUUAAAAGCACAAAGAACCGUAGCCACUUGCAGAUAAUACAUGAUGUUGAGAAAACAGGAGGCAAUCUGAGUACAUCUGCCUCUCGUGAACAGAUGGGCUACAGUUACGACACCUUAAAGACCUAUCUUCCACAGGCAAUAGAGUUACUAAUCGACUGCGUUAGAAACCCUCUAUUUCUCGACGAUGAGGUAGAGGAGCAGCUAGCUCAGGUUAAAAGAGAAGUGGGAGAAGUUACAAAUGACCCACAAAAGUUUCUGUUCGAGGCGCUUCAUGUUUCUGGAUAUUCUGGUCCUUUGGGAAAUCCGUUAAUGGCGCCUGAGUCAGUUCUGGAAAAAAUUGAUGGGUCUGUUAUUGGAAAAUUCCACUACGAAAACUAUACAGCUAAUCGAAUGGUUCUGAGUGGGUAUGGUGUGGAUCAUGAGCACUUAUUAACUAUUGCAGAGCCUCUAUUGUAUGACUUAAAGAGAGGUACUGCUGUGGAGGUCCCAAAGUCAACUUACAUUGGUGGUGAUUUUAGGCACAAAGCAGAUUCAGAGAUGACUCAUGUGGCAUUGGCUUUUGAAGUUCCAGGAGGCUGGCAUCAAGAGAAAUAUUCUACAGCUCUUACUGUUCUGCAGACUCUGAUGGGUGGCGGUGGUUCAUUUUCUGCUGGUGGCCCUGGGAAGGGGAUGCAUUCUCGGCUUUAUCUUAGAGUCCUAAAUGCAUAUCGAGAAGUUCAGAAUUUUUCAGCAUUUUGCAACAUAAAUGAUGAUACUGGCCUCUUUGGCAUCUUUUUAACGACAGGAUCAGAUUUUGUGGAAAAAGCUGUGGAUGUAGCAGCUUCUGAAUUAUUAGCAGUUGCAACUCCUGGACAGGUGACUGAGCUUGAACUACUUCGAGCUAAAAAUGCCACCAAAUCUGCUAUUUUGACAAAUUUGGAAUCUAGGUCAAUUUGUACAGAGGAUAUCGGCAGGCAAAUAUUGACAUAUGGUUGUCGGAACUCACUGGAGUAUUUUCUAGAGAUUUUAGAUGAAUUGACUGUCGAUGAUCUCACAAUGAUUUCUCAGAAAAUGUUAUCAUCACCGCUUGCAAUGGCUUGCAUGGGAGAUGGUAUUGAUAGAGUUCCAAAUUAUGAUUCUGUGAGCCGACGAUUUCAAGUGCCUAACUGAAGUCCAGUUUUCAUGUAUAUUAUAUUCCUAGCCUGAAAUUAAUUUAGGAGUUGGUGCAUGUGCGAGUUUUACCUCUGUAGUUGAUGAUUUAAAAGAAGCAUCUGCCGUAUAUCUUAUUGGUUAAUUCACUGUAGACAAACUUCUGUGUAUAAGUGAAUCUUGGGUUCUCCCGUUUGUAUAGAGGAGUAGAUACUAAACAUACAAAUAUGACCAAGGAGGUUCUGUAAUCAGACAGCAAUUGCAAGAUGAACCAUGUGUUAUGGAUGAGGGCCCUAGAGAUUUUCAAGUUAAUGAUAUAAAACAUCCCUUGAACUUUAUGUAUCAGAAAUUCCAUGAUAUUUGGUUACCUAGGUUUAUUUGUAUGUCCAGCUGAAGGCUGAUUUGUAAUAUCUUCUAUACCUGUGAUCUUCUUCUUCUUUUAGUAUGAAGCUGAGGACAUCCUGUCGUAAGUACAGAAAAGCUUAGUGGAAACGUUUGGAAAAUGGUUUGCAACAUUUCAAUCUUUAGUUUACUCAUACUUUUGAUUCAUAUAGGUAUAUUGCUCUGACUAGUUUGCACAUUUAUGUGAAGCAGCUCUUCAUACAAGUGACUGCUAGUCUUCUAACAUCUUUUGAGAUUUCAUCGAGGUUCAGUAUCAAAAAACGAUAUGCAUAUUGUUUGUUUUUGGUUUGGCUUGAAUACUCUAGUGCAGUGUGGGGAAUAAGGAGCAUCCAGGAUACUAUAUAGGCGUUCCUUUACUUCGCCCUGUAAUUGUGGUUGAAUGAUCAUAGAACAAUGUCACGACUGAAUGUGGGAAUAUAUCAUCUACUAGCAAGCCUACAAAACAAAGGGACAUAGUAAGAGAGGUUUUGCAAGGAAGGAAAGGAUAAAGAGGGAGAACUCUAUAGUCAUCCUUUCUGUGAAGAGGAAACAGUAAUGCAGAUGCUGAUGAGUCUCAAAGGGCUAAUAGAAUUAGAAGUGUAGAAAUUGAAACAGGAAUAUUUCGAUAACGAUAGAUGUACUUUUCAGCAUGUUAGCUUGUUCAAGCAGAUGUUUCUUUCUUCUU